AUGGCGGAUGAUAAUUUAUUCUUUUCAAUUUUUAGAAAUGUUUACCUACGAUCAACUAUUACAAAACAUUUAGAAUUAUUUAGAGAUAAUUUUCAGGUACAAUUAACAACCAAAGAUCAAUAUAUGAAGUAUCCAAAUAAAAGCUACAUAUUGAAUUUAACCUAUCAUGGAUUAACAUUACCAAGCAACGGAAUUAAUCUACCAUUUCUUAAAUCAUUAACUUUAUCAAAGUUUAAUGGCUCUUUAAAAAAAGGUGAUUUGGGUGAUUCAAUAAAAGAGUUGGUUAUUAAUGAAAUGGACAAACCGCUAGAACCAGGGUCCCUACCUUCAUCUCUAGAGGUAUUAUCAUUAAAUAAAUACGACCACCCACUAAAUGAUUGCUUACCAAGUACAGUUUGCGAAUUAAAAUCAUUUCCAUCUUCAUUACAGGCAUUAACUUUAGAUGCUUUUGAACAAGAGUUAAAACCAGGUGAUUUACCUCCAUCAAUUGACCAAUUGUUUUUGGGUGGAUAUAAUAUCACUCUUCAACCCAAUGUCAUACCUCCGAAUGUAUGUGAUCUAUCUCUUUCAGGUUAUAACAAACCAAUUAACCCAAAUACUCUACCAAACUCCAUUAUAUUAUUAUCACUAUCUCUAUUCGAUACACCUCUAUAUGUAAACUCUCUUCCUUCCUCCGUCACCGAUUUAUCAUUUAGAUACUUUAAUCAACCUCUUUCAUUUGGUCACAUCCCAGACUCUGUCACAACUCUUUCUUUUAAAACUUUAUUUAACCAAACAAUCGAACCUGGGACAUUACCAAACUCAAUUACACUUUUGGACCUUUCUGGAGAUUAUAACAAACCAUUUUUACAAGGCUCCAUUCCAGAAUCUUUUACAGGCAAACCAAAAAAGACUAUAUUUAAGACAUCUACUGGUAUAAACAGACCACAAGAUAAUAAUGAACCAAAUGGACCAAAUGAAAAUGAUAAAAAAAAGAAAAUGAAGAAUGAAAAAGAGGAAGAAAAUGAAAACAAAGAUAAAGAAAUAAAGGACUCUGAAGAUCCUGUUGGAAAUGAUAACAUUGAUAGUUAUCAUAAUGGCAAUAAUAACAGUAAUAAUAAUAAUAAUAAUAACAAUAACAAUAAUAAUAAUAAUAACAAUAAUAAUAAUAAUAAUAAUAAUAAAAAUAAUGAAUCAUCUUCAGAGAUUUUUAUAAGAUUUACUCAUAUUCAUAGAUUUUAUAAUAGAAAACAACAAUAUAAUAAAGAAUUUGAUAUAAUUACAAAAACAGAUUCAAUAACAUCUCCAGAGUUGGAAGAACAAGCCUUUAUUAACCAUUAUCAUAUUUAUGAAGAUGAAGAAUUAAAAUAUUAUCAAAAACUAUUAAAAAUGGUUAAAACCUAUAGAUCAGUUUCAGAAAUUACAAAUUGUAUUUAUUUUCCAAUGUCAUUUUUAAACAGCUUCAACAAUAAUAAUAAUAAUAAUUUCAAUAAGGGUAAUGAUGAAAUGACAACUCUAACAACAUUCGAUUUUGAAGAUCUAUCUAAUGCACAUAAAAUGCUUCCAGAAUCAUAUGGAAUAAAUGUAUAUACCAAAAAGUCAUUAUUACAAACCAAUGGUACCUCCACAACAAUAACAAUUACAAGAGAUGACAUUGUUGUCACAUUAACAUUUAAAACAAUCAAUGAAUUACCUUCAAAUGAUGAACACACGUUUACCAUUCCUGCCAUAUCAGAAGAUAUUUUACCACACCAAAAGAAAAGAGAAAGAAAUGACAAUGAAGGUGCAAGUGAUUCUAAUGAAAAAUGUAAAAGCCUAUUAUUUUUUGAUGAAUCUAAAAAGAAACUUAAAGAAGAAGAAAAUGAAGUAUUAAACAACAAUCUUAAUUUGUAA